CCGAGUAAACAAGUCGCGACCGACCAAUCGGCGCUUUCAUUUCCCUUCUUUUUUCCACAUUCCUCUACUUUUCUUUAUGAAUCUUCCGCUGCUUUCCUUUCAAGAACUCUCUGUAUCUCUGCAAAUCCUUCCUCCCUCUUACUCUUUUCUUUAACAACCAUCAAAACCUUCUUCUUCUUCAUCUUCUUCUUUGUCAUGGCCUCAUCCAUGUCUUUAACCACUUUUACAGUUUCUCUUCUUCCUCACUCCCCCUUUAAUUAUCAUUGCUCUCCAUUUCUUCCUCUGUUUCCUGCAACUUCUAUGCCCAAACGAAAUCGUUUGUGCUUCUCCCAGCGUUUUUCUGCACCCCACCGGCUUCCUGUUUCUGCGUUAUCAACCGUAACCAACAACGGCUCGGCGAGAACUGGGACAUAUACAGUUGGUGAUUUUAUGACAAGGAAGGAGGAUUUGCAUGUAGUGAAAACUAGCACAACUGUUGAUGAGGCAUUAGAGGCUCUGGUGGAGAAGAAAAUUUCUGGCUUUCCAGUGGUUGAUGAUGAUUGGACAUUGGUUGGCGUUGUUUCAGAUUAUGACUUGUUAGCACUCAACUCCAUUUCAGGUGGCAGUCAGGGUGGAGCAAACUUGUUUCCCAAUGCUGAUAGUUCUUGGACAACAUUCAAUCAGAUGCAGAAGCUGCUUACUAAGAACAAUGGUAGAAUUGUUGGUGAUCUGAUGACACCUGCCCCGCUUGUUGUGAAUGAAACCACCAAUCUUGAGGAUGCUGCUAGGUUGUUGCUUGACACAAAGUAUCAUAGACUUCCAGUGGUAGAUGGUGAUGGCAAGCUGGUUGGAAUUAUUACAAGGGAAAAUGUUGUUAGAGCUGCCCUGCAGAUAAAAUGUGCUGGCGAAAGCUCAAGAUGAAAUUUUGCAUUGUGAUAAAUGUUGGAAUUCUUCAUUUCUAUAUGGGGGUUCUGUAGUCUUACAUUGAAGAGGAAGUGAUCAAUCAAAUCUUCUGCACUAAGAGCCUCUCUGCUGUGCAUCUUUUUCACCAAUAUUCACUUGUAAGUUCUAGUAAAGUGUUAUACAUAGGCUUGGCAAAAUUUGGGACAGAUUAUCUAGGAUUAAAUUUGACUUGGCAGUAAUCUAAAGCCAAGUUUUUGCAUCAUAAAUAUCAUUAUUAUUGUUGCCUAGCUUGAAGGCAUAUUA